CCAGUGUUCUGGUAGGCGGCAACAGCGGCUCUCUGUGUAAACAUCGCGGUGGUGUGUCGAAAUCUCUCAUCGUUGGCCGGGAUGGACAACUUACCAAACGAGAUACUGGUCUCCAUCUUUUCCUACCUGCCAGUCCCAGACUUGGCACAGAGCGCCGCAGUGUGCAGGCAGUGGCACGGGAUUGUGACCGGGUUCACACACCUGUGGAAGGGCAAGAGGUACGUCAGCAGCAGAACACCGGCCCAGUGUGCUGCCACACGCGCCGUCCUGUGCACCCUGCCACCGUUGCAGGAGCCAUGCGGCUGUAUCCGAGACUGACGUGCGAGUACCUGUUGACUGGAGUGGACAUCAUGAGGUACGUCCUGUCCUUCCGGUCGACUGUAGACUUGACAGCACUCCGGAGGCUGCGCAUGCUCAGGGCGCCGAGGCUCAACAUCUGGACCGAUCCGUUCCACACUGGACACCACGUCGUCAUGGCCACCCUGCGGCGGUGUGCAAACCUCACGCAGCUAUGUAUCUACACGGAGUUUCUGUCAGCGGAAUACCUUGAAGCAAUGGAGGAAAUUGGGCAGCUGACGACGCUUGAAAUUGUGUGUCCUAGACUGCAGAAACUGGGAUUCUUGCGUCACUUCUCAGAUUCGCUGGAGGUACUGCGUCUAUGUUGCGCCACCCUGCCGCCGGAAGAGUACGCGCAGCUGCAGCAGCUGGGGAGGCUCCGGAAGCUGUGGCUGCAGGACUGCCAGGCGCUGGGGCCCGAGCGGCGGGCGGCGCUGGCGGCCCGCAGCUGGCUCCAGUGGCUGGAGCUGGACCGCUCCGGUCUGGUGCCGGACCCGUCCUCGCUGGCGGCGCAGGACCCCUGGCUGCGGAUCGGCCGCCACCUGGACGUCUCGCUCAAGGGUGAGGUCCUGACGCUCCAGCUGCGCACCGUCGACAUCGACGCGUACGUCGACGGGCUGUCCGACGCGCGGCCGCUGCUCGAGGACCUGGGCGUCGACGGCGGCCUGCUGGGCAAGCUGGCCGGCCUGCGCCGCUGUCCGGAGCUGCGAGAGCUCUGCGUGGAGUUCCAGAAAGGGUCCGGGGAGGACGACGACAAGUCGACCGUGCGGGUCCACAUAAAGUUGACAAGCUCUGAGUAA